AUGUGUGUGUCAAAAAGUGUAUCAAACAUAACCUCACUUUAUGUUUGAUAUAACAGCUGAUUUCGAAACUCUGGAAUUAGUGUAUAAUAUAUAUUCUAAAAAAUAGUAAAUAAUUAAUAGUAGAAAUAGAAAUUUUAAUUUUUAACUGUAAAUAAAAGCUAAAAACUAAAAACUAGUGAAAUAAAGUGAAAUAAUUAGUGCUAACAAGUGCGACAAGUGUGGAGGGGAAAUAUUUUUAAUAUUUAUAAUUAUAAUAAAAGUGAAUUUUAUAUAUAAUUUUUUUUUUAUUUACAAAAUGAAAAUAAAUGAAAAAAAUAUGAUGGCAUUUGCCACAUCGGCAACUCCUGUUGAUCGUGAGGGUUGGUUAAAUAAACGUGGGGAAGUUAAUCGUGGUUAUCAAAGAAGAUGGUUUGUUCUUAAGGGUAAUAUUCUCUUUUAUUUUGAUCGUCGAGGCGAUAAAGAACCAGUGGGAAUGAUUGUCCUCGAGGGUUGUACCAUUGAAUUGGCCGAAGAUGAAGAACAAUUUGGUUUUAAAAUUGUUUUUCACGGUCCAAAUAAUCGUAGUUAUGCACUCGGCGCCGAAUCACAGGAAUCAAUGGAACAAUGGAUGAAGGCAUUGGCUUGUGCAAGUUAUGAUUAUAUGAAAUUAAUGGUCGCCGAAUUGCAACGGCAAUUGGAUGCCGCUGAAGAGGAAACAACAAUAACAACAACGGCAACAACAACGACAACAUCGUCAAUUACACAAUCACAAGAAUCGCCAAAAGCACCACCGCGACAAAGGCAUAAUCCAUUUAAUCGUCCUGAAUCACAUCAUCGUUCACAAAGUGUAAGAUCGGCGCCUGGACGAACUGAAAAUGUACCAAGAACGCGUGUCUCAUUCAAAGAAUUACACAAUUUAUAUGGUCGUAAAAUAUUGUCCGAUCUCAAUGAAUGGAGACACGCAAAACGAACUGCCGAAGCUCCGCUUAUUUAUCUUUAAAAGAAAAAAGAAAUAAAAAAGAAAAAAAGAAAGAAAAGAAAAAAAACGAAAAAGUAAAUUAUAAUUAUUUAAAAAAAAAAAAAUUAUAUUUAUUAAUUGAAAAAAAUUUUGCAAUUAAUUACAAAAUUUUAUAUUAUUCAAUAUUUUUUAAUUCUUGAUGGAAAAUUAAAAUUUAAAAUUUUCAAAUCGCUUUGUUUAUAUAGAAAUUAUUUUUUUAAUUUUCAAUAUAAGUGCCUGAAAUUUGGAAAUUAUUUUUUAAACAUUGCAAUUUUAAAAAUUCAACAAAUUUAAUUGAUGAUUUAAUUUAUUUCAAACAUUUAUAAGUGUUAGAAAGCAAAUUAAAUUUUUCUUUUCAAUAAUAUUUAAACCAAAGGAUUUUUCUAAACCUGUAUAUUCAUAUAUAUAAA